AUGGUGCUGGUUUUUAAUGCAAAAACAGCAGAGCUAUUGAGUCACCAUCAAGUUGAGAUACAGCAGAAAUUCCCUAAAGAAGGAUGGGUGGAACAAGAUCCAAAGGAAAUAUUGAAGUCUGUCCUUGAAUGUGUGGAAAGGACCUGUGAGAAACUGCAACAACUGAACAUAGACAUCACUAACAUAAAAGCCAUUGGAGUCAGCAACCAGAGAGAAACAACAGUGGUUUGGGACAAGACAACCGGAGAACCUCUUUAUAAUGCUAUUGUGUGGCUUGACCUGAGAACCCAGUCAACAGUUGAACGGCUUCUUAAAAGAAUUCCAGGAAAAAACAAAGCCUUUUUUAAGUUUAGGACUGGUCUUCCACUUAGCACUUAUUUUAGUGCAGUGAAACUUCGAUGGCUUUUGGAUAAUGUGGAAGAGAUUAAGCAAGCAGUUGAUGAUGGAAGAGCUAUGUUUGGGACUAUUGAUUCAUGGCUUAUAUGGAGUUUGACGGGUGGAAAGAAUGGAGGCGUUCACUGUACAGAUGUAACCAAUGCCAGUAGAACAAUGUUGUUCAACAUUCAUUCCUUGGAAUGGGAUCCCGAGCUCUGCCAGUUCUUUGAUAUUCCUAUGGAAAUACUUCCAAAAGUACGAAGCUCCUCUGAGAUUUAUGGCCUGAUGAAAUCUGGAGCUUUGACAGGUGUACCCAUUUCUGGGUGCUUGGGUGACCAGUCUGCUGCUCUUGUUGGGCAAAUGUGUUUUCAAGAUGGGCAGGCAAAAAAUACGUAUGGAACAGGAUGUUUCUUGCUUUGUAACACGGGUCAGAAGUCUGUGUUUUCUGAGCAUGGUCUUCUAACCACAAUAGCUUACAAACUGGGCAGAGACAAACCUGUUUGUUAUGCACUAGAGGGGUCUGUUGCAAUAGCUGGUGCUGUUGUUCGUUGGCUGAGGGACAAUCUAGGUAUCGUUAAGACUUCACAGGAAGUUGAAAAACUGGCCGCAGAAGUGGGGACUUCUUAUGGCUGCUACUUUGUGCCAGCAUUUUCAGGACUGUAUGCACCAUACUGGGAACCCAGUGCAAGGGGUAUUAUUUGUGGCCUUACUCAGUUUACAAAUAAAAACCACAUCGCCUUUGCUGCAUUAGAAGCGGUCUGCUUUCAAACACGAGAGAUUUUAGAUGCCAUAAACAAGGACUGUGGGAUACCACUAAAUCAGUUACAAGUAGAUGGAGGAAUGACCAAUAACAAAGUCCUCAUGCAACUACAAUCAGACAUUCUCUGUAUUCCAGUUGUAAAGCCAUCAAUGCCUGAAACAACAGCUCUAGGAGCUGCUAUGGCGGCAGGAGCUGCAGAAGGAGUUGGAAUUUGGAGUCUGAAUCCUGGAGAUCUGACAGCAGUAACAUGUGAACGAUUUGAACCACAGAUCAACCCAGAGGAAAGUGAAUUUCGCUAUGCCAGAUGGAAGAAAGCUGUGAUGAAAUCUAUGGGGUGGGAGACAUCUGAAGCUCCUUCAGAUGGUUCUGGUAAAUGAGACUACUUAGUGGACUCUCUGGAUGCAGCUGAUUUUUUUUGUUUCAUUUUGUUUUGUUAUCUGAAGAGAUUCCACCACCAGUGUGAUUAUACUACUUUUGUGACUAAACCCAUUCAUGAAUCCAUCUGUUGCCAGCCCCUGAGUAACCUCCCAGCGGUACACUGAAACUUCCGUCUUCAGCCCUUCAUUACUCUGCUCCCUUCCCCAUCAACUCCAACUGCACUGGAGGCCAUUGGGUGGACUAUCUCACAUCAUCCUCUAAAAUUUCACAAGCCCUAGCUUUGUUUGAGAAAGUUGGUAUAACAAAACCCUGCAACUUCUGAGGUAAUGAUGUCAGAUGUUUAGCUAUCCUUUUCAGAGUUUUGGUACUUGAUACAACACACUGCAGAAAGUUAAUGAUGCACUAUAGAACUUUGUAACAUCUCACAAUUCUUCCAGCUGCUGUGAAUUACCUUUCACAUGUCAAUGGUUGCCAAAGAUGUUUUAUUGUAGUGGCCACUGGUCCGAAACACCUUCAACGGUACAAACCUUUUAAACGCUAGCUCAAAAUGUAUUGUCAGUAGCGCGCAUCGCCACCAGUUUGGCAAUGUAGAGGUUGCCGGGAUGGCCCACAGGCUACUGUUGAAAUGAUCAGUUACAAAAUUAAAGAGUUUGGUUUGCCUUUUGGCGUACAUAGUUGGUUUGCCCGUUUCAGACAGUAGGUCCUGUAGGUGUACCUUUACAGAGAUAGGAUUAAAUAGGUGUUUGGGUUAAGGCUUUGGCUAAGGUUUCACGUUCUUGCACUUCUGUCUUAGUUUGGAAAGACACACUGUUGACAGGACAGCUUCUUGGUCCUCAGCAGCUGAUGACUCUUAAAACUGCUCUGCACAAUGCACUUCUCUUGACCAAUACUGCGUAUGUUCUGUCACCCUGCUUAAGGAUAUUUUGGUGACUAUUUGUUAAACUUUUGAAAGUUGAAGCUGACUUACUUUUCCUUAAAGAGGGUCCACUCCAAAUUGAGUAUCAGUGCUUUAGUUCUUGAUCUCAUGUAGUAUAUCUCAGGGACCAAAAAUCUCCCUUUCGGUUUCCAUGUCUGUAGUUUUAACAGCAAGUUGUCACAAAACAUGCGGGGACAACCCAAAACCCUGGCUUGGAAGAGUUUCCAAGGUGCGCUUGGCACCUGAAACGGGCCACUGGGAUUCACAGGCAGCGACCGUGACAAUCGAGUUGCAUCCACUUUGAAACCUUUUGUCCUCCGCAGGUAAAGGAGUGAGGCAAUAACCUUAUCUUCAGCUUUCCUGUUUGCACCAACAGCAUGAGAAAUGCCAGCCUUAUUGGUUAGGUCAGAGAAAAUGUGUUCCUGUACAGUGUCAUGAAUAGCGAGGUUAAACGUGGGAGCAACACGGAGAAUUUCAAAGAUGUGUUUAAAUGCACUAGGAGUUAAAGGGAGCGGUUUUUUGUGUGCGUCUGUUCUUAAAGAUUUUUGUCCUUAAAAAAUAGUCUUUAACGAAGUUUGGUUUUGUUACACUAUGAUUAGAGGCUUAGUUUUUAAAACGAUGUUAAACGUGUGUGUCUGAAGCAAUGGGUUGCACAGAAGUUCAGGUCUGUACGAUAUAUUUAAUAUCAAAUGCAUAUUAAUUGCCUUUUUAUUGUCAAGUGCAAUGACCUUUGAAAAUGUGACUUUUAAUUCAGAGUUUGGAGUGGGAACAUUUUUUGUCCUGUGGUUGCAUGUGUAAAUUCAGCAGAGGGGGUUUUUGUG